AUGGCCGACAACAUGUUCCUCGUGACCCAGUGUCACGAGUCGAACCCGGACAGCUUCAUUUUGCCGGCCGGUUACGACCUCAAGACGGCCGUUGUCUCCCUGCCCGUCAUCGACAUGUCCCGUGGCCGCGACGAGGUCCGCCGUGCCAUCCUCGACGCCGGCAAGGAGCUCGGCUUCUUCCAGGUGGUCAACCACGGCGUCUCCGAGCAGGUGCUGCGUGACAUGGAGGAGGUGUGCGAGGAGUUCUUCCAGCUGCCAGCGGCCGACAAGGCGGAGUUCUACUCGGAAGACAAGAGCAAGCCCAACAGGCUCUUCUCCGGCACCGCCUACGAGACCCUCGGCGAGAAAGCAUUGGCCAUGGACAUACUACGGCUGCUGUGCGAGGGCAUGGGGCUCCGCCCUGACUACUUCGAGGGGGACAUCAGCGGCGGCCGCGUAGGCCUCGACAUCAACAGCUACCCGCCGUGCCCUGACCCGAGCAAGACGCUCGGCCUGCCGCCGCACUGCGACCGGGACCUCAUCACCAUCGUCCUCCCCGGCGCGGUCCCUGGCCUCGAGGUCGCCUACACGGGCGACUGGAUCAAGGUGGAGCCCGUCCCCGACUCCUUCGUCGUCAACUUCGGACUGCAGCUCGAGGUUGUGACCAACGGGGUGCUCAAGAGCGUCGAGCACCGCUUGGCCACCAACUCGGCGGUGCACCGGAUGUCGGUGGCCACGUUCAUUGUGCCGGCGGAUGACUGUGUCAUCGGCCCGGCAGAGGAGUUCAAGAUGUUUGCUAGAUUGGAUGAUGAGAUUUUUCUCCAACCAGCAGGAGAGCAGCCCGUCAUUAUAUUAAGGAGAGAACAAAUACAAGAAAACUACCAGAGCAGGGCGAAACACACCCAAAAGCACAUACAGCCCAAAGAAAGAAGCAUACAAGAAAAAGAAAAGAAAUACUCCCAAGAGAAUGUAGUGAAAGGCUGGAAGCCAUAUUCGGUAGCUACAAAUAAAACUGGAAAUAAGAUCAAUUCCUCCAGUAAAAAUAAGAAUACAACAUCAACAGAGGAUGUGGAUUCCUGCAAUAUUGUGCAGAUGUCAACUUUGCGAGGAAAACAAAAGCCAGUCUGA